GUCCCUCCGACAGAGCCAAUAUUGGUACGCGCCGGCUCGGCUCAGAACCCGACGGCUUAGCGAAGCGGCAGCACCCGGAGAAUCACAGCGGCGUGCUGUAUAUUUUUUUUGCACCGCCACAUCUCUCUCGUGACCGCCACAACCCUCCUCAAGCCAGUUGGGACUCGUUUGCACCCAGUCCGAACCAGGUGUCAUAAUAACACCCUCUCUCUUCUCUCUCCCGGGUGUGUAAAAAAAGAAAGAAAGAUAAAACGAGAGUGACAAAAACGUCUCCCAGAGAGAAAAAGAAAACGCGUUGAAAAACGAACGCGCGCGCGGAAGAGGAGCGACGGCUGCUGCUGUGUGUGAUCGGUAAAAAGCGCCACGUCGAGCGUGCAUCUGUUUGUUUCUUAGAGGAACCUCAGUAUACCGCUUCGCGAUUUUCUACGGGCAGCGGACAGGAACAAACCGUGUACACCGCCAGCCAGUGACAACGUCUCGAUCCGCGGGUUCGCUGUUGGUUCCCCGGGAAAGGAAGCGAACAAGAAAGAGGUGAUUCUUCCCGCCGACGACUUCGAAGGACCUCACCGGUGGACUCGGGACCUAAUCCAGUCCUCAUUCCCUCGCGGAUUUGGGUGAAAAGGCGGGAGCCGAGAAAUCGUCAUCGUCCACGAGGAAAACGGAUCGCUGAGUGGUGACAACGCCGUGUGCGAUGGACUAUUCUCCGGUCAAAGUGAUGCGGUACAAGGGAAACCACCGGUCAGUGGCCAUGCCGCCGCCGCCGCCAGACAUCCCCGAGGUCAUCAUCACGAGCUCCAAGGACGUGGACGAGAACAAGGAGCGCGGCAACUGGACCUCGGGUGUCGAGUUUCUGCUCUCGUGCCUCAGCUACGCCGUGGGCCUGGGAAAUAUAUGGAGGUUCCCUUACCUCUGCUACCGGAACGGCGGUGGAGCGUUCCUCAUCCCGUACAGCAUCAUGCUCUUCUUCGUUGGUCUUCCACUCUUUUUUCUGGAGCUGUCGUUUGGCCAGUACGCCAGCGAGGGCCCCAUCACGAUCUGGAAGAUCUCACCCCUGUUUCAAGGUAUCGGCUACGCGAUGUUCAUGAUGACAACGCUGGUCGGCGUUUACUACAACAUGAUCCUCGCCUGGUCAAUGUUCUACCUACUGUCGUCCCUGACGACGCAGUUACCGUGGAGUUCCUGCGACAACUGGUGGAACACCAACGCAUGCAGAAAGUUUGACACCAAGAACUGCACUGCUCACGGAGGCGUCCACCUGUCCAACGGAUCGUGCGUCAUCAAGGACGAGGUCGAGCCGUCCGUAUGGGACUCCGUGGUCAACUCCACGGACAACACCAAGAUGGCGAGCGACGAGUAUUUUCACAACUUUGUCCUCGACCUGACUGAAGGCAUCCAUGAUCUCGGAGGCCUGCGGUGGCAACUGGCACUGUGUCUGCUGGCAUGCUGGGUCAUUGUUUUCUUCUGCCUGUCCAGGGGGGUGAAGACAAUGGGCAAGGUGGUCUACUUCACAGCCCUGUUUCCGUACGUCGUACUCGUGAUCCUGCUCGUCCGAAGCUGCACCUUAGAAGGCUCCUACGACGGCAUCAUGUUCUACCUGACGCCACAAUGGCACCGACUCCUUGAAGCACGGGUCUGGGGCGACGCAGCAAUGCAGAUCUUCUUUUCCUUGUCUCCAUGCUGGGGAGGCCUUAUUACCUUAGCAAGUUACAACCGUUUCCAUAACAACUGCUACAGGGACACACUCUUCAUCUGCUUCGGAAACUGCGGCACGAGCUUCUUCGCCGGCUUUGUCAUUUUUAGCAUAGUGGGUUUCAUGGCAAACAAGCUUGGUGUGGAUGUUUCACAAGUCGCUGCUCAAGGUCCUGGUCUUGCCUUCGUAGCCUACCCAGAAGCAGUCACCCACCUGCCCCUGCCACCUCUGUGGGCAUUCCUUUUCUUCUUCAUGCUGAUGACGCUUGGGAUGGGAACACAGUUCACUCUGAUUGAGACCGUUGUGACCACGAUCGUCGAUACCUUCCCGGAGAAGCUUCAACACCGAAAACCACUAGUGCUUCUCGUCUGCUGCAUUUUUCUUUACUUGGCAGGCUUGAUAAUUUGCACAAAUGGAGGCAUGUACGUUCUUCAGUUGAUGGAUGACUACUGCGCAAGCUUCUCUGCUCUGAUGAUCGGACUGGUGGAAAUAAUCGUCAUCGCGUGGGUCUAUGGCAUUGACCGAUUCAUGGAAGACAUCAAAGUGAUGCUGAACCACUAUCCUUUCCCAAGGCGCUAUUGGAGGUUUGUCUGGAAGUUCCUGGUGCCUACAAUGAUCAUGUUUAUCCUGGUGUUCUCGUGGAUCAGCAUGCCCGUGACGAAGUAUGGCGACUACGUAUACCCGUCCUGGGCCACUGCGGUUGGCUACCUGCUCUCCUUCACGUCAGUCAGCGCCAUUCCGGCUGUGGCCAUCUUCAAGAUUUACCACGCUAGGGGCUCCCUCAUAACGCGCAUCCGCACGCUGAGCCAGCCCACGGCCGACUGGGGACCCAAGCUCCAGAUCCACCGCAUCGAGACCCACAGCCCCAAGCACACUGAUUCCCAGGUCCCGCUCGCCCUGCCUAACUACAACCAAGACGGCGAUGGCGACGACGACAACGACUACCCCGUCUACUACAACCACUCCAAGACCGAAAACGGCGACUCCGAGUCCGAGUCCGGCAUCAACCUCAACAUCCCCAAGAGUCGAUAUGAGACAGGUCUAUGAGGACCUGUUCUCGCAUAGACACAAGCUGUGGGACGCUGUUGUGGAUGUUCGGCCGGGCGUCUUGGCCUGCGUGCCCGCCGCAUAGACGCCCCCUUCUCCCCCACCAUCGACGCAGCAGCACCUUCUUUGGAGGAGUACGGCCGGCCUGGCCAUUUGGGGUAGCCAGCUUAGACUCUUAGGUCGUCUUAAGAACUCCUUCCUCAGUUCCUGUUGAAGUUGAAAGGCUAGAACCACUACAAGUGCUCAGGUACAAUGGAGACUAGACUGUGGGGCCCCACGCCAUUGUUCUUAGACCUCGUGGCGUACGUUCAAAACAGUUAGAGACCAGAUAAGAAUGACAGCCAUCAGUGUAGGACGACAUCGAUUGGUCUAAUCGUGAAAGAGGUAAUGUCAGGCCAAAGUAGGAGAAGGUGAAAUAUGUCUCCCUUCACAUAGGGGAUGUUUUCAGCAGAUCUUGUGCUCAUAAAGGUGCGUGUCAUUGCUGCUGAGAUAUCUCGGAUACCCGACACUCGCGCAAUGAAAUCCCCAUUGAUGUCAGUUUCAGUUAGAGCAUUUAAAUUUUUAGUGCGAUAGUUGAUGAUAGCCAGAUGAUUGAUUUGAUAAGGCUUUGAAUCUAGAUACUAUCAGAGAUUCUAAUAAUGCCUUGUCAGUAUAAUGUAGCAGGCAUAUAUUGCACAGCAAUGUUCUGAACUAUAAUCAACCGCAUAUUUUGCCGAAAGCACAAUGGGGAAAUAGUUUACAGACGUGUCUUCAAGGACAGCGAUGGCCCAGGGGAGGUGCAUAUUUUAUGACCAGCUUUAUAAUUUUGUUGCAAUCACCAUACCAGCAAGUUGUGCUGCUCUUUUUUUCUUUUUGUACAUAACAUGUCUUACAUUUAGAGUUCAAGAAGAGAUAAUAUGGCGUCUGUAUCACCAGCCAUCUCACUUACGCUUAGCUAAUGGGUUCCACAAGGACAGCACUAGUUGCGGUAAAUUUUACCUUGGUCGAGAUCAACGUUCAACACUUUUGACAUCUCUGCAGUUACAGCUCACUGGAGCAGGAGCACAUGUACAUAUGCCACCGAAGAAACUAGUGUAAUGACUGCACGCGAGCGGAACAAGAAAAGAUACACUCUAGGGUAUUGCAGCCAAUACUCCUGCAAAGAUGGUGCUCUGUGUGAAAAGGAAACUUGUGUCGGAUGUACAUUUUCUGUAGGACCCUAAAGGUUUUAGAGGAGUUGAAUGUCACGCAUUUCAUUCUUCAUUCUUUUUAGAACAUCGUCACUUACCGGACUGGCAUUGAGCCAACGGGAUUGACACCGUGUGUUGGUCUGGGCAACCCAGAGCCAGCAUAUGAUAUAUACUGAGUUAUGCCCAGGCCAGAAAAUGUCCUCUCCAGAUGCACCCUAGACCAGAAACCCAUAUCAGAACCGAGCACGUUUGAUUCUGGGAGUGCAAGGCAGACGGACCUGCCAGAGAUGUACAGUGAUACGCUUGUAUAUAGUCAUCCCAUUCAGACCGCAGUGAGUGCCCAUGAAGACGUUUUCGCUGACUCAUGCUGUUCUGAGAAGGACCAUAUGAGACAAGCUGGCCAAAUGGCGCCUUUCCCGAAGAACUGCUCUCCGUCACCUCGCGACGAGGGAGAGUUUUGUGUGCCGAAAACGGCGAAGGUUCUGAACGGUGAUAAGCUUGCUUGGAAGCAAUAGUCAUUGUGCCAACAUCAAACAUUGUUCCGGCGACUGCUAUUGGGGAGGUGCGCAUAUGCUUUGGGGAUCAUCGCUCGGUGCUGUCAAGCCUCGGAUGCUGUCAAAUGACCCGAAGCCACUUUGCUUGACCCAGUGCUGCGGAAAUGCAACCUGUUUCGCAAAUCUUUGAUUGGAUACAUUGCGUGCAGCAGAUGAUAGGGUGACCCCAAGACAACAGUCAAGCUGAAUCUUUAUAUUGAUACUAAGUUUAUCAUAUACGACGCAGCACAUUUCUGACGCUAACGCGAAAUGCCUCUUCCUAUAGUGCUGUUGCCGGUCUCAUGCCAUGGUAAUGACGACAUGGUCGACAUGAAUUGUAUAUUUAUGUAAUGUCGCACCUAUUAUACUUAGCGCAACACAGAGUUUUGAGACGUGUUUAUAGUUGUAAGAAACGUGUGAGUUUGUAACAACCUGAUUUUUUUUUCUCUCUCUCUUGCGCCUCAGCCACAGCGAGUUCUUUCGAUUUUGCGAGAAAUAAGGAAGUAUAACACCGGUGCCGACUCAUUGGAGAUGUGCAGCGUGUAUAGUGCCUCAAUAACCGUAGGUAAGAACAGCGACUUAUAUACACAGAACAUAAACAUGUGACCAACUUACACUUUCUGUUUAUCCAUAAGCAAAUUGCAUAUCUGUGCUUGACGCGCAGACAGUAUUUGUGCACGGUCAGAUGCGAGGUGUUCACCAGCGCUGUUCACCAGUGUAUAAAAUGAUGUAUUUAUUUUGAGUGCCUUGAAGAAUUUGGAAACUGACAGGACAGCUUUGUUAGCAAGGUGUAAGAGCAUAAAGGGCAAGAAAGUAUGUGAAAUUUGCAAUUGGAAUUCAUAGGUUCUAUAGUGUGUUGAGUAGAGUGAGGGAAGGGAAUACCACACAUGCCCUUCGUCACUUUUACUGAGAUCAAAUGAACUUCAAUAAUUGAGAUUGUUGUCUUGAAGUGUGCCCGUGUCCAAAUUCCAUCACUUUCCAGUCCACUCUUUAAUAGAGAAACGAUUGCAAUGCGCUUUUCGAGAUGUUUACCUAACACGUUUUCUAUGUCGACAGCAUUAGUACUUAGAAUCAAAUGAGUGUUGACCCGAAGCUUGGCAGAGAAACAAAAUCAAACUAAUAGCAAUUGUGACAGUUAGUUUUGCUGUUUCAUUUUUUUUUAGGUCACUAUAACAGACAUUACACCUGUACUUUGUAAAGUGAUCACCUUUCAAAAUGUGUUUGCAUUUCGUUCCAUGACAUUUCGAGUGAGCUUGAUCAAUGCUGGUUUCUUGAAAAUGUGAGACGAUGUAUUUACACAAGCUUAAUACUGUGCCCUCUGCACUGAUACCGAGCUGGGGCUUACGCCCACAAGGUACUUUUAAAAAUAUACUAGCGUGUACAAGUUGACAUGUCGCGUAUGACACUGUUUGUUCCCAACUACGGGCUUGAAUCAUGCCAAGUAUGGCUGGACUCGUAGGGGUCAAUGUCUUUAUAGACCAUGUUCUUGUUUGCAAGUUCAUUGUUGCUAGUCAUUGCGUUAAGCGACGUUUCAGAGUGGUUAGUAUAUUAAACGUGAUUGGUCCAUGUCAUUAUUAUAACACAAACGUAACGUAUGUACAUUCUAGAGCCAAAUUGAUUUGUUAAUUUCAAAACAUUCUGAUCGGAAACUUCAAGAAGGCCAUAUGAUGGAAGGACCGUAAGGUGGUGUUGAGUUGAAGUGAUACUUCCCGAUGUCAUACUGCAAUGUUUUCGGUACGCUCUGUAAGCCUGUAGCUUUUUAUAAUGUCGCGCACUGAUUGAGAUCGCUAAUGCCACCCGUGGUUCUGCGUGAUUGAUACAAUUUCAAUUGAGACUUUCACAUUAACAUUGCAUAUGCUUGCAGAAACACAUUUAUUGGAUUAUAAGUCUCUAGUUUUUUGUUUAAGCAAAUGCAGCAGCACCAGAUUUUGUAAAAUGUUGUUCUUUCCAUGUUCAAAUGAAAAAAAGAAAUAACUAAAUUGACGUUCCUGAAGCUGAUAGAAUCUCGGUGUAAGUUACGAAUAGAAAUAAUUUAUCUGUAAGCUAGCUCUUAUGUAUUGCCAGCCAGUGUUUGAUAUAAAAAAGGAAACAUUGAUGGAUAAAGUUGUCAAUAUUUAAGGAUCUAAAAAUCUCUUUCGUGUAAGCAAAGGAUUGUAUUGGACUAUUGACCAAUGUGAUACAUUGGAAACAUUCCACCACAAUCCUUAAACAUCUACAAGUCUCAAUCAAGAAGAGCAAAACCGGCGGCUGCUCGAACUGUGACGUAAUAAAAGUGCAAACACCAUACCGCAGUUGCGACAUUUAAAAUUAAUGUGCACAGAAACAUAUUCGUCAGAUUAACUGUUCAUGACGUGUAUCAAAAUGAAACUGACACCUUUCUCAAAAUGUAAAAUCGCUGAGCCUAUGGUACGAGCGCCCAGCAAGGCACUGGCGUAUUAACUAAAAAGUGGUUGCUCAAAAGAAGAGGUGAAGAGUAGCACAUCCUGUAUAUAGUUCUAAAUAUUUCAUCAUUGCAUGUUUCUUUUCUUAGCGCGUUUUGUGUUACUAUAUGCCUGAAGAGAAAAUCUAAGAUUUUUUUUUUCUGGUUACAAUAAACAUGUGAAUUGAA